AUGAGCUUCACGCCACCCGAGGUGUCGAAGGACACGGCUUCAAGUACAGCUGCUGGGACAGGUCAGAACACCCCCACCGGAGCUGCGAGCACGCGAUCGGAUGCCAAAGAACCAGCGAGGUUCGGCAUCACUCAUCCGAUUACUACGCAAGAGGCCACGGAGGCAGAGGUGCUGGCCAGCGAGAUGCUGAAGCAGGAGCUCGAGAUCGACUUCCCACGGGAGACUGCCCAGGGCCUUGCGAAGCGCGAGGAGGUGCUCCAGGAGCUUCAGCGCAUCAUCUCCGAGUGGAUAUCGGAGGAGGGUCGCGCACAAGGCGUCGAAGCCAGCAUGUCGGCGAAGAUCGUGACAGUGGGCUCCUACAGGCUUGGCGUGGUGCAGCCUGGCAGCGACAUAGACACCCUUUGCAUCGCACCGCCUCACGUGACGAGGGAGGCCUUCUUCACUGUCUUCCUGAAGAAGCUGGAGCAGAAUCCACAUGUGUCGGACUGCGUCCCUAUUCCUGGCGCGUACACUCCGAUCAUCAAGCUGAAGCUUAGGGGUGUCAGCAUUGAUCUGCUGUUCGCUCGCUUGGUGAGGUCUCUGGAUGAUGGGAAAGAUCUUGAGGAAGCAGUGAAGGAUGACGAAGUGCUGCGGGAUAUGGAUGACAAGAGUGUUCGGUGCAUAAACGGCUACCGAGUCGCCGAUAGGAUCUUGCAGCUGGUGCCGAACCAGGAUGCCUUUCGAGAGACGCUUCGCUUCGUCAAGUGCUGGGCCAAGAG